CACAUUUUCUGAUUCUGUUUUCUUCUUCCAACCUAAUCAUAAGGUUCGCUGACAUUCUCUCUCUAAAUGUUAAAAUAUUAUAUAAAUGGGUAUAAUAUUUAACUUAUGUGAAAAUUACGUUUGUUGUAUAGACUGAUAAAUAAAAAUAAAACAUAAAUAUCUAUAUAUGAUUUUACAACUUGACUAAAAUUAAAAGUAAAGAUACGAUAGAAGUAGAACAACUAACAUGGUGAACCAAGAGGCAGAAAGAACUAAAGCAAAAUACCUUUUAUAUCUCUUGAUGAUCAGAAUCCAUAAAGAAACUAAAGCCUGUUGUUGUUACAGUGGUUGGAUGAUGAACACCUGCUCCUCUUCUGCUACCUUCUUCUCUAAUUCCUCUCACCAUUUCACUUUAUCCUUCCAUACUCCACCUCAUUUCACGUGAAUACAGACCAUGCUUUCUUUCAUUAGGGUUCUUUCUCAAUACUUAUUGCUCUUUUGAUUUAAUUCCACCGACAGCUUCCCUGAUCCACCAAUUUCCUACCGGAUCCGACUAAUUAUUCCGUUUCUAACCUGAGGUUCUCUACAGUUUGGUGUUUAAUCGGUUUGGUUCGACAAGCGUUCGUCGACAUAACUUUUGACUUCGGUACGGGUAAGUUAGCGAUAUUUUUACUUGCAAUUCUGUGUUGGAAGAGGAUUUUUGAGUUGGAAUUGCUUGGACUUAGCUCAAUUGGGGGUUCGUUUUCUUCGUAACGUUAUUGGGAUACUUUAAUUUGAAAAUUAGGGUUUAUGAAGUCAAUGAUAUGUAUAGAGUUGGUGGGAUGAGGAUAACCACUAUACGAGCUAAAUUGUAUUUAUGGGAGCUCGCAUAAUGUUAAACAAUGAGCACAUUUUGUUCUCCUGGAUGGAAUUAUGUUAAGCUUUCCGCCUAGUUAUCACAUCCUUGAAUUUAUCGGGGGAGUUUCUAGGGUUUUCGUCAGCAUCCAUUGUCCGGUUUGAAGAUAUUUUGCUGGAAUUGGAGUUAUAUGGGAAGAUAUUUGUGGUAGCCUAGGACGAAGUUUUGUGGCAACAAAAUGCCUCCUUCACCAGCAAUGAGAUGUUCUCCUGGUAGAGAACCAAGAGCUGAUAAUCACAAGAGAGGACGCAGUCUUGAAAGCGGAGUACCUUUGAAACAGAGAGACGAUGAUCUUGCUUUGUUUAAUGAGGUGCAAAACAAAGAAAGAGAUAACUUCUUGCUUCAGGGAGACGAUGAUUUUGAAGACAUUUUCGCAAAUAAGUUGCGCCACUUUUCAGAUUACAAACUUGGGAUAAACAUUCCUGCUAGAGGAGAAAGCAGUGACCUCCUCCACGCAGAAGAUGAGAAGAAUGAUUAUGAAUGGUUAAUAACUCCUCCCGACACACCUCUGUUUGCCUCAUUGGAUGAUGAAGCACCACAAGUUAAUCUUACCCAAAGGGGUAGAACUCGAACUCAACCAAUAUCAAUCUCCAGAUCACCAACAAUGGAGAAAGGGCGUAGAAGUAGUAGAGGAAGUGCAAGUCCAAAUCGCGUGAGCCUAUCACCUCGAUCUCAUAACAGCACAUAUGAAGCUCAUAGCCAUAGAUCACCUCCACCAUCUCGCAAACCGGUCCCACGGGCUUCCACACCCCCUCCUCCACGAAGAUUAAGCACAGGCUCUACUAAUGGCAGUGGCACCACAACUACUACAAAGGGUAUAAGAGGAAAUUCAGCUUCACCAAAAGUAAAGGCAUGGCAAUCCAGCAUUCCUGGUUUUUCCACUGAGGUCCCACCGAAUCUAAGAACCUCAUUGGCUGAUCGACCGGCUUCGUAUGUACGUGGGUCCUCACCGGCUUCUAGAAGUAGCAGACAAUCGAUGUCGCCUACUGCUUCUAGAAGCAUUGGGUCCUCCCAUAGCCAUGAAAGAGAUAGGUUUAGCUCACAUAGUAAAGGUUCGGUUGGGUCUUCUGCUGAGGAUGACAUGGAAUCGCUUUCGUCUGUUGUUGUAGUUGUUGGACGCCCAAAUUCUAGAAGAGUUGGUGUCGGUGGGUUUCAGAAUAAUAAACCUUCACCUUCCAAAAAGCCGAUUAGAACAAUUUCUUCUUCUUCAGCUCCCAAGAGAUCCUUCGACCUUGCACUAAGACAAAUGGAUCAUAGAAAAGGACAAAAUAUGUUCAGACCCCUUCUCUCGAGUGUCCCGAGUUCAACUUUUCAUGCUGGAAUUGCAACUUCCCCAUAUCAUCCUGUGAUAUCUAGGAACUCCUCUGUCACAACUAGUAGUAAUGCAAGUUCUGGGGUGGCAAUAAGUGGUGCACAUGAUCAUGAUCAUGAUCCCGAUCACGAGGCUAGCCAGGAUGAUGCAACUAGCAGAUAUGUCAAGGUGCAAGAUGAUGAUCAUGAUGUUGAUGUCGAUGAUGAAGUGUUUAUGAUCGAGAAAGAUGAUGGAAAUGAUUCAGUUUUGGACGAUUCAAGAAAUAUCAUAGAUCUUGAUCCUGCAACUUUAACAACAAUUGAUGAUGUCUCGGAUAUCAGUACACAAAAGGAGAUGUUAAUUUGUUCAAAAUGUGGUUGUGGGUACUCUCCUCCUAUUGGACAAGUAGAAAACGACACAAAUCUUUGUGAAAAUUGCAUGGAAUCGAAUUCAUCUUUGACCAUCAUUGACCCAGUAGUGGUUUCAGGGCCUGAACCCGAGUCGACUACAAUCGAACCUCAAAUGGCUGUGGUGGAAUCUGUACAAGCUAUGGCUAAUGAUUUAGUCAAAGAUGGUCAAAGUGAGUUUUCGAAUUCAAAGGUUGAACCUUUAGAAGGUGCGGGUAUUUCGAUACUGUUGAAAAGGUCAAGUAGUAUAAAAGGCGGCGCGGUUGUCCGCAACACAAACUUUUCAGCAAGUAGCAUUUCGUAUGAUGAUUUCUCUUAUGUUAGAGGAGACACUACAAAUAGCAUGAGAAGUGUAUCUGCCACAUCUUCUGUUGACUUUGGUCAAAGUAGACAAUCAGAUACCCGUUUUCAACGUCAAUCAAGCAUCACCAAAUCUGAAAUCGAACACUCAAAGCAUCAGAGAAGUGGAUCCUCAUUGUCUGGAACUUCUAGCCAUGUUUUCCAUCCUUCGAGCCUUGGAACAAGCACACUUGAUUCAUCUGGGAAAGAUGUUCAAGAAAACAAUGAAGAGGAAAAUGACAAUGUUGAUUCUGGGGACUCUUUAUUGACUAAUAUCUUGAAAGAUGAAGAAGAGAGUGUUGGAUUUCAGAAAGCUGAAGAUUUGGGAGCUGAUGAUACAGCUCUUGAUUCUUGUAAUGAUGACGCCGAUGUUGCAGAAGUUCCAUUGGAUGUGAUUUUAGAAGGAGAAUCAGCUUCUCCUUCAAAAUGUGAUGUUUUACAAAAUUCAAUUAGCAGCAUUGAAGAAUUGCCGGAAGAUGUAACGCUUUCUGCAGAGGACUUUGGGACUUCUAAUCACACAAGCAACGUUAUUGGGGAAUCCAUAGUAUUGAUUGAAGACGAAGGAAGAAGCUUGACACUAGAAGAAGCAACAGACACGAUACUCUUUUGCAGUUCAAUAGUCCACAACCUGGCCCACAAUGCUGCAACCAUAGCCAUUGACAACCAAGACCCAUCAUCAGACAACAACAACUCUUCCUGGCCACUCAUUCCAGCCACACGCAAAUCCCAUCUCAAUGAACCUGACCCUCAGACCCCCCGCAACAGCAACACAACCAAACGCUCAUCAAAAUCCCAAAAAUCCAGACACAAAAAGGACACAGAAAGCGACCCCACAAAAUCCCCCAACACCACUGAAGGUAAAAUCGAUCAGCACAAAACCCGUAUUGUUGGGGGGGUUCGGGACAAUGGGGAGAGUAAAAAACCUCCGAUGCUGGAAUCUAAAUGCAACUGCACAAUAAUGUGAAAUAAUAGCUAUCACUCUUGCAGUGAAAGCUGUACAUUCCCAUGCACUUGUCCUGUUCUUGGGGUUUUAUUUUAUUUUUUGGGUUCCACUUCAUUUGUUGCAACUGUAACUUGUAAGCAUAUUUGUAAAGGGUGGGUUUAAAGUUUAAUUUGGUAGGUUGACGAUAGUAUUCUAUUCUUGUAUCCGGGUAUUAGUGUUAUCCGUAUACAUAUAAAACAAACAACAAGCCCUGUCAUUCUUUUUUUUUCUUCGAUUGUUGAUUGUUGCCAUAUCUUAUUUGGGUUUGUACAUCUGGAAUGUGCUUCGUAGUUGCUUUCUCUUUCAGGGCUGUUUUUGUAAUUUUAUUUUUAUUGAGAUCAAAGUAUUAAUAAUUUUUUAUUUC